AUGUCUCCUAUAACACCUCACCCAGCCCCCAUUGCUUUUGCUUCUGCAAUUCCCGUUACGAUAUCGCACUCUAUUAACAUGGGUGAUGAUUUCAGCUUCAAUAUGUUUGGCGAGCCUCUUCAGCCUCGCCCUUUCAACACGCAGUAUCGGUGCUAUUCAGUGUCUAUGUUUCGAGCAGAUAAACAGGCAGUUGAAAUGGUGGCAAAAAUUAUCAUGCCGCCAUCCGCACUUGACAUCCUCACUCGACUGAACAUUGUUUAUCCGAUGCUUUUCAAGCUUACAAACCGGCGAGGAAAUCGUCAUACUCACUGUGGUGUUUUAGAAUUUGUUGCAGAUGAAGGGAAGGUCUACAUUCCUUACUGGAUGAUGAGGAACCUGCUUUUAGAUGAGGGAGAUUUGGUCCAUAUUGAAUCUCAGUCACUCCCUGUUGCCACAUUUUCCAAGUUUGAGCCUCAGAAUGUGGAAUUUCUGGACAUCACAAAUCCCAAAGCAGUGUUAGAGAAUGCUUUACGAAAUUUUGCUUGUUUGACCACAGACGAUGUCAUUGCCAUCAAUUACAAUGACAGAAUAUACGAGAUGCGUGUUUUGGAAGUGAGACCUGGUAAUGCUGUCAGCAUUAUAGAAUGUGAUAUGAAUGUGGAGUUUGCCGCACCAGUGGGAUAUCAGGAGCCUGAGGGAAUGGACAGCGCGUCUGUUAUUCCUCAAGACAGCGAAGAAGAGAUCAUGCCUGAGCCCAGUGGAUUUUACUCCUUCAAAGGAUCUGGUAACAGGUUAGAUGGUAAGAAAAAGAAUUUGGAAUUGCCCCAAGAGGAGUUGCUGAAGAAGCUCCCAAGACAGCGUGGCAUCCCAGACUACGACUAUGAACCAGGAUUUAUCAAAUUUUGGAGAAAGACACCAAAAGCUAAUAAUACUGAAGUAAAACCAGAGGAGAAUGAAGAGUUUGAGUCUUUCCAGGGUGAAGGAACCUCUCUUCGACAAGCAAAAUCUAGAAAAUAAUCAUUGCAUCCUCACUUUAGCAUAGUGUGUGUUGUUUCUUGAAUUUUUUUUUAGACUGUGUUAGUAUUUAAAUGUAUAAUUUUUGUAAAAAUAAGAUAAGGAUUUUAUAUGGAAGUUAUUUGAUUAGAAUUAAGAGCACUGUACAGUACAGUACAGUAUAUAAGAACGCAAAGUGAUCAGGAAUUAUAACAAGGGACUUUGUUACUGAUUUUGCCUUAUUACCAGAUUUAGUGUUGUUGAUAUUUCAUGAAGAAUCACUGCAGUAUUUUGUAACACCAAACAUGUAAUAUUGUUCAUUCACAGUAAUCAGCAUGUAAACUUAAGUUGCUAUAUGUAACAACAGCUGUUUAACAGUAAAUUCUUUUUUAUUUCACUUAAAAUUCAGAACUUUCAAUUGUUGAAGUCAAGUUGAAUCGUAAGACUACUACAAAAAAUAGGCAAAAGAUUACUUAUGAAAUAUAGGAUUUCAUGUUAGAUUUUGUUUGCAUUUACCAUUUUUGUGAUAUUUAUUGAAUAGGCAAAUAAAAGGUGAUGAAGGUCAAA